CAGUUCGAAUACUAUAGAUCUGAGGCAUCGCCCUCCUCCUUGGUUCUUUCGUUCUGUAGCUGUGCUCACCACUCUCUUCUUUGCUCUUACCAAUUUUUCGAUUCUCCUAGACCUGGCGUCAUCUAUUCAACAUAUCUAAUUCUUUCGAUCUUGAUUAUUAUAAAAUGAUGGAGCCUUCACGUACCUACCAAGAGGUUUACGCCGACGACCGCCACGACGACUCAUCGACAGAAGUGGAAUCGUUGGUAGGAACCGAUGAGAAGCAAUGGGCAUCGGAGAGAUAUAUUUCCGGCAGGACAAGGCAUUCGAAGAGGAAUACAUGCAUAGCGAUAUUUCAAGCGUCACGAUGGUUCGUCGUGAUAGUAUUGCAGCUCGUUAUCGUCGGCCUUCUCGCAAAAGAACAAGGCCUAUUAGCCGGAUGGGGAUCCAAGCAGCGGUCGAGUGCGAACGAGGUUGGCGGCGAUAUCACAGGAUGGGGACCUCACAUACCCACGAAACUCACCAAGUUUGAAAUCAAUCAGACCUAUGCACCGAACAACACCGCCGACUUCUUCAGGCCAGAAGUCCUACAAGCUUGGAACGACCUUCUGCCUCAUGGAAUGGGAUUUCAACAGAUACCUGACCCGGAGUCAUACCACGACUUGCCAACGCCCAUCGUAUGGGACGAAGGUACGACUGUGUUCACCACUUCUGUGACGCACCAGCUGCAUUGUUUGUACGCCGUUGUGGAGGUGUACUCUGGUCUGACCUCGAACACACCGCUACCUGAAGAUCAUCACUGGCAUAUGAUCCACUGCUUCGAUUACAUGAGACAAGCAAUCAUGUGCAAUGCAGACAUAGCGCUGGAGGGCCUAGAAACUACAUUUCCCGAUCAUAACGGCGGAAGUGACGGAUGGGAUAGCUUACAUGUGUGCCGCGAUUGGUCUUUGGUUAAGAAGCGUCUGGAGAGCGUGAGAGCAUACGACGAUCAGGAAAUCUUCUAAGAAAGCGCACCCGAUGUGCACAGCCUUAGCUAGGUUGUGCCUUGUACAUGA